AUAGUUUAGUGAUAUAUGAUGAAGGUUCCCAGUAAAAUAUUUUCUUUACUUCAGAUUUUCACUCUCUUAUACCUUUUUACAGUUACUUUUGCUUCCACUGAGGAAGCAAUUUCUCUCCUAAAAUGGAAAGCAACUCUCCAAAACCAGAACAGUUCCUUAUUGGUUUCAUGGACACAAAGUUCUAAAGCAUGCAAGGACUGGCAUGGAGUUGUAUGCUUUAAUGGCAGGGUAAACAAGUUGGAUAUUGCAGAUGCUAGUGUCAUUGGUACGCUCUAUGAUUUUCCAUUUUCAUCUCUCCCUUUUCUUAAAUAUGUUGAUCUUAGCAUGAACCAGCUCUUUGGCACCAUCCCACCUGAAAUUAGUAAACUCACUAAUCUUGUCUAUCUUGACUUGUCGUUCAAUCAGAUUUCAGGCACAAUCCCACCACAAAUCGGCUUACUUGCCAAGCUUCAGACCCUCCACAUAAGUGGCAAUCAUUUAAAUGGUUCCAUUCCUGAAGAUAUAGGUUACCUAAGGUCUCUUACUGAGUUAGAUUUGAGUAAUAAUAGUCUAAAUGGUUCUAUUCCUGCUUCUUUGGGGAAUUUGAACAACUUGUCCCUUUUGUGUCUUUAUGAUAAUUACCUUUCUGGCUCCAUUCAUAAAGAAAUAGGUUACCUAUCUUCUCUUACCGAGCUAGAUUUGAGUAGUAACUUUCUUAAUGGUUCUAUUCCUGCUUCAUUGGGAAAUUUGCACAGCUUGUCCCUUUUGUAUCUUUAUGGCAAUCAACUUUCUGGCUCCAUUCCUGAAGAAAUAGGUCACCUAAGGACUCUUAAUGGUUUGGAAUUGUCCAACAACUUUCUUACUGGUUCUAUUCCUUCAUCAUUGGGGAAUUUGACCAACUUGUCUUUAUUGUAUCUUUUUGCCAAUCAGCUUUCUGGGUCCAUUCCCAAAGAAAUAGGUUAUCUAAGUAGUCUUACUGAUUUAGAAUUGUCUAUUAACCUUCUGAGUGGUUCUAUUCCUACUUCAUUGGGGAACUUGACUAGCUUAUCUCGUUUGUACCUUAAUAACAAUCACCUUUCUGGCCCCAUUUCUUCUUCAUUGGGGAAUUUGGGCAACUUGUCUGUUUUAUAUCUUUAUGCUAACGAAUUUUCUGGUCCCAUUCCUAGUGAGUUAGGGAAUCUAAAAAACCUUAAUAAUAUGCAAUUAUCGUUUAAUCAACUCAAUGGUUCAAUUCCUACUUCCUUUGGCAACUUGAAAAACUUGCGGUAUCUGUUUCUCCAAAGCAACAAUCUCAUUGGGGAAAUUCCUUCAUCUAUCUGCAUUUUGAUAUCAUUGGAAGUGCUGUAUUUGGGGAGAAACAACUUCCAGGGAGAAAUUCAGCAAUGUCUAGAUAAUAUCAGUGGCCUCCAGGUUAUGAAAAUAGCAUAUAAUAAUCUCAGUGGAGGGAUCCCCUCCUCUAUUUGCAAUUUAACAUCACUACGAAUUUUAGAUUUGACGAGAAACAAUCUUAACGGAGUAAUUCCACAAUGUUUUGGCAACAUGGGUGGUCAUCUUGAGGUUUUGGAUAUCCACAACAAUAAUCUUUCUGGGACUCUUCCAAAUACUUUUAGCAUUGGAAGUGUACUCAGAAGCAUCGACUUGUAUGACAAUCAACUUUGGGGUAAAAUUCCCCGAUCUUUGGCCAAUUGCAAAGAGUUGCAAGUUCUUGAUUUAGGAGAUAAUCAUCUCAGCGAUACAUUCCCGUUGUGGUUGGGAAUUCUGCCAAAUCUAACGGUUUUAAGCUUGAGAUCAAAUAAAUUGCAUGGACCCAUUAGAACUUCAAGGGAUGAAAAUAUGUUUCCUGAGCUUCGAAUCAUAGAUCUCUCUUACAAUGCCUUCACAGGAAACUUGUCGACGACUCUAUUUCAACAAUUGAAAGCCAUGAGGAUAAUUGAUCAAACAACGAAGUUACCGACAUAUCUUGGUAAAGUUGGAGAGAGAGAUUACAAUGAUUCUGUGACAGUUGCAACUAAAGGACUUGAGCUUGAGCUGAGUAAAAUUUUGACAGUUUACACCAUUAUUGAUCUUUCAAGUAACAAAUUUGAGGGACAUAUUCCAAGUAUUAUGGGAGAUCUUAUUGCACUUCGUGUAUUGAAUUUAUCUCAUAAUGAAUUGCAAGGUCAUAUACCACUAUCACUUGGAAAUUUAUCUGUAGUCGAAUCAUUGGACCUUUCAUUUAACCAGCUUUCGGGAGAGGUACCACAACAACUUGCUGCUCUUACGUCUCUUGCAUUCUUAAAUCUCUCCCACAAUCAUCUCCAAGGAUGCAUUCCUCUAGGACCUCAAUUUGCUACAUUUCAAAACAAUUCAUAUGAAGGUAAUGAUGGAUUACGUGGAUUCCCUGUUUCAAGAGGUUGUGGAAGUAUUUGGAUACCAGAAACAAAUUAUACAGAUUAUGCGCUAGAUGAUAAAGAAAGCACUUCUGAAUUUCUCCAUGAUUUCCAAAAAGCUGCUCUUAUGGGAUAUGGAAGUGGACUAUGUAUUGGAUUAUUCAUAAUGUAUUUCAUGAUCUCAACUGGAAAUCUGAAAUGGCUUGCAAGAAUCAUUGAAGGAUUGGAACACAAAAGGAGAAAAAAGAAGCAGCGAGAUCAAAGGGAUUAUAAAAGAAGAAAUAAUCGCUUCUAAACAAGGAGCAAGCUUUGACUUCAGAUGUCAAUGAUAAGAGGACAUUAGCGUAAUGGAUUUGGUUAUUCCCAAGUUUGCUUUUAAGCUUUAUUUUCUGGCAUGUCUCUAAUUUGCGUUUACGCAUUUGUUUUCUUUUCUUGUUCGUGACUUGACAAGGUUUGUAUUGAUCUACUUGAGUUUUAUUAGUUAUCCACUUAGGUUCUUGAAGUUGAAGAGCCUCUUGAAGUAAUUCUAAAGUGCAAUGUUCAAGACAUGU